AUGCUGUGCUCAUUCUUAACUGCAAGAUUUCAGGAUAUGAAAGGCGCUUUGGGUUUGUCUGUAUCAUUCAAGUUGAAGGAGUGUUUGCGGCGUUCUUCGGAUAGUAUCGACAAAAGGUUCUGUUUUGAUCUGAUUGCCGAUGAGCGGCCUGACGUUAUGACGUUCCAAGCUCUUUCCGAAGAGGAUCGGCGGCAGUGGAUUGACGCCAUGGACGGGAAACAAACGGUUGGAAGCCGGGACUAG